AUGGUUUCUGCAAUCAAUCUUCUCAACUUCACUCCGGCGGCUCCUCGCUGCCAUGGUAGCAGAUCUCUCUCUCCUAGAGAUUUACAGCACCGUUUCUCUGGUGUUUGGUCAAUUGGGACAAGAAAUCAUGAAGUAGCUGCUACCAAUGGCAAUCUGCUCGGUUCAAGAUUGAAUGUCAUUUCCAAAACUAUCCCUCGAGCCUAUACUGACCAGUUUGAGACUCUCCAAGGUGACAAAGAAGCGAUUUCUCAGGUUUACAUUGCAAAUGAGAUAGAAAAGAGGGUCAAAUCCAUUAAAUCGAUGUUGGGAUCGAUGGAGGAUGGCGAGAUAAGUGUAUCGGCAUAUGAUACUGCAUGGGUUGCACUUGUGGAAGAUAUUAAUGAAAAAGGUGUUCCUCAAUUUCCAUCAAGUCUUCAAUGGAUCGUGGAAAAUCAACUAUCCGAUGGAUCUUGGGGUGACCGUUAUAUAUUCUCUGCUCAUGAUCGGAUUCUUAAUACAUUAGCAUGUGUCGUUGCAUUAAAGUCGUGGAACAUUUAUCCGGGAAUUUGUGAAAAAGGUAUGGCUUUCAUUAGAGAGAACAUGUCCAAGCUUGAAAAUGAAAAUGAGGAGCACAUGCCAAUAGGCUUUGAAGUUGCAUUUCCUUCUCUUAUGGAAAUAGCUGAAAGUCAAGAUUUGCAAAUUCCAAGAGAUACUCCAUUCCUACAGGAUAUAUAUGCCAAGAAAAAUCUAAAGCUCACUAAGAUACCAAAGGACAUGAUGCACAUAAUGCCUACAACUCUCCUCCAUAGCUUAGAAGGCAUGGUUGGAUUGGAUUGGGAAAAGCUUAUGAAGCUACAGAGUGAAAAUGGGUCAUUCUUGUUUUCUCCAGCAUCCACUGCCUAUGCACUUAUGGAGACCAAGGAUGUAAACUGCUUAAUGUAUCUCAAGAAAGCUGUUGAAAAAUUUAAUGGUGGAGUUCCUAAUGUCUAUCCGAUUGACUUAUUCGAGCAUAUUUGGUCUGUGGAUCGAUUGGAACGAUUAGGCAUUUCGCGACACUUUCAAUCAGAAAUUCAAGAGUGCCUCAGUUAUGUCCAUAGAUAUUGGACGGAGGAUGGCAUUUGUUGGGCGCGAAAUUCUGCGGUUCAUGAUAUUGAUGACACCGCAAUGGGUUUUAGACUCUUAAGGUUACAUGGCUAUGAAGUUUCACCAGAUGUGUUUGAGCAUUUCCAGAAGGGGAGUGAGUUCUUCUGUUUUGCUGGACAGUCAAGUCAGGCAAUUACAGGUAUAUUUAACCUGUAUAGGGCAUCUCAAGUGAAGUUCCCUGGAGAAAAGAUCUUACAAGAAGCAAAGAUAUUUGCAUCAAAAUUCCUGAGAGACAAACAAGAAUCCAAUCAACUUUUGGAUAAAUGGAUAAUGACUAAAGACUUGCCAGGAGAGGUUGGAUACCAUCUCGAUAUGCCAUGGUACGCCAAUUUACCGCGAAUAGAAGCAAGAUUCUUCAUCGAUCAAUAUGGUGGAGAAAAUGAUGUUUGGAUUGGAAAGACCCUAUACAGGAUGCCUUAUGUUAACAAUAAUGACUAUCUGGAGCUUGCAAAGUUAGAUUUCAACAAUUGUCAAGUGUUACAUCAGCUAGAAUGGACUACUAUUCAAAGGUGGUAUAGAGAAUGCAAUCUUGGAGAACUCGGGGUUGGAAGAAGAGAGCUUCUACUAGCAUAUUUUGUGGCUGCCGCGAAUAUAUUUGAGCCUGAGAGGGCAAGUGAGAGGUUGGCAUGGGUGAAAACCGUUGUGCUUAUAGAAGCAGUAAGGUCUUAUAUGGAGAUGGACACCACAACUAUGGCUGUGAAGAAGGCGUUACUCAAUGAUUUCAACUACAUGAGCACCAAUGGAAACAAUGAUACUAUUAAGAUGAAGGAUGCUGAGUCAAAGACAAGAGGAAAGGAGCUGGUGGAAACCCUAAUCAAAACCCUAAAUAGUAUUGCACUGGAAACACUAGUGGCUCACAGCUUAGACGUGAGACAACACUUGAGUUCCAUGUGGAAGACAUGGCUUGUUAUGUGGUUCCAAGAAGAAGUUGGAAAUGGUGAAGAAGCAGAACUACUAGUGAAGAUAAUCAACUUAUGUGGUGGGCGUAUUCUCUGUGAAGACCAAUCUCUCCAUCCUCACUAUAAUCGUCUUCUCCACCUAACUAAUGCUAUCUGUAGCCAACUUCGUGGGCUCUUUAAUCCCAAGGGAAAUGGGAAGAAGGAUAGUAAUAGAGAGGUUAAAGGACCAGAAGAAGUAGAAACCCUUAUGGAAGAGUUACUUCAAAUUGUUCUUCUUCAGACACCAGACACCAUUGAUCGUGAAAUCAAGCAAACAUUCCUUAUUGUGGCGAAGAGUUUUUAUUAUGUUGCUCAUUGCAACCAAGCUACAAUCAAUAACCAUGUUGCUAAAGUUCUCUUUGAGAGUGUGGCUUGACAUUAUUUUU